AGUCCAACACCCCGAGACCGCCGGCUCUGCCUGAAGUCUCCCUCAAGUCCUACAUCAUGGGUCUAUAUCCUCUCCGGCGCGGCCAUGAAAUGGGUACUGAAUCCCAGAAUCCAAAGAACGAGUUACCCCAAAAGAUAGAGACUUCAGUAAUCCAUGCAUCCAUCCAGGACUCCUGACGUUCCGGUCUCACUGCUGGGAUCAUCUCGUUCAAAGACCUCUUCAUGACAGACUUACAGGAGUCCCAAUGGAUCCGUCGCUACUUUGUGCACAUGACCCUCAGCGGUCUGGAGAACUUCUCACAGAUGAUAUAAAUGGAGUCCUGUUGCAUGGACGAGAGACGGAGUCAGAGCUGCCCAACCAAGCUGAACAUAACACAAUAAACAUUUCCACGGAGGAGAAACUAGCAAACAGCGAUAUAUUCGACUGUUCAGCGUGCAGCGUGUCUUUUUGCUUAGAGUCUCCACCGAAGGCUGCGUACAGGGGACCAUCAGAACCGGGGAAUGAAGCGUCGUCUCCUUUGCCUGAGCUCUGCAAUGACUUUAUUCCAGCCCCAUCCAGUGCAACAGAGCCAGACGUAGAACCAGAGACAUCCCCUGUGUACUGUCUGAAAAACAAAAUUGCUACGAUUGAAUCCGACUAUUUAGACAUUGUUGAGGCUCCAGCACCUCUGUCGGACCUUUAUAUUUUCGAAAGCGACACACGGGAGUUCAUCCUCACCCACACAGCAGAUCCUCAGCUUACAUGUCCUGAAUACCAGCCAAAAUCCCAGUUGGGAGUAGGAAAGGCAGACCAAGAACGCGAUGCACAUGUCCCUAUGUGUUAUUCAGACGGCAUCGAGACACGGUGUCAAAGUGGCUUUAGAGAGGAACGAGCAACAGAGAACAACGUGUCAGAGGCGAGCCAACGUGAAGAGUUACGAGCAAGUGCUGCAGAUGCCUGGGAGGCGGGGUGGGUGUCGGGAAAGGAUGUGAGACCAGGAACGGCGGAGGUCAUGGCUAUGACCCUUCAGCGGCAGCACAGCCACAGCCCCGCAGAGCUCUGGCUGGACGCGUGCCAGUAUCUGACAGGUGAGGAGGCGGAAGAUAAGGAGGUCUUGGAUCGUCGGCCUUUAAGCGACUCCUUAAAAGAAUCAGAUGGCGACCCCGGCGACAGUAGGAGCACUGGCAGGUCACCUGUCAAGAGGUGGUCAUCGGUAGACAGCUGGGCCAGCGCACUCUCAGACUGGACCGGGAUUAUAGAAGAUCCGCCGGAAGACUUCACGGCCGCCUUCGCAGAGAUAGGGGCUGAGAUAAAUGCUUUAACACAAGCACUACAGGAGGUGACCACUCACUUGGAGCCAGAGAGGCUGCAGCGAGAUCCAAGGCCGACGGCGUUGGGGGAAAAGCGGCGGACUAUGGGCGUGCAGGAUCAGCCUCUAAAGACUCCAGACAUCCCAGAGAGAUCAUCCCCGUCUGAACAGAGCUGUCUUUCUUUGUGCCUUGAAGCCCCAAGACCUACACUUUGCAACAGAGGAGGCUCCCAGGGUGUCAAAUCUCUACAUGAAUGCAAAGAACUAGAGCCGGAGGAGCUCCAGAGCAGCCAGGAAGGGUCCUCUCCCUGCUUUGCUCUGCCAAAUGUAUCAGCGGGUUUGCCCUCGGUCAGAGAAGACCCCGAUUCAGAUCUGAUUGAGGCGACACUCGAUGCUGGAACUGUGUCUUCGGGUUGCGUAGACCUCCCCCAGCUCGAUAGGUAUUUAAUGUCCUUUCCGCAACAUGCAUUUUCUAGCGAUGAAGACCCUCCAAUAGAGCUGAAAAUAACAGAAGAUGUGGAUUUGAGCGUCCAACGGGAGCUGGUGCUUGAGGAGGCUUCUGGAGAAGACCUCUGCAAACUCUCCGAUGUAUGCACGUUCCCCCCACAGGGGUCUGUGAUCGAGGCGCAGAUUGAUGGAAACGAGGGUCAAACAGAUCUCAGCAUCUUCUCUGCACAUGUUCAUAAAAAUUUAAACGAGCCUGGUGUGGACACACAAUCCGACCCGCAUGUCAACUUCAACACUUCUUCAGACUCAGUUGGAGAGAGCCAGGUGGAGUCAGGUAGUCCUGAGCUUAUUAUGUGCGUAGCUCCUCUCAGUGGGGACUCUGCCCUCGUGUGUCGGACGAGCAGCGGCUUGGAAGGGGAUCAAACUCGCGCCAAAACCUGCCUGAGCGACAGCACCGGUUGUGGUCAUGCUGGAGACUGCACUUCCUUUCCGACCCUGGGUGGAAUUACCGGCAAACGAUUUCCAGAGGGUCACGAGGAGCUGAUUCAUUCAAUAAACACUGCUGAGAAAUUCUCUCCGGAUGAGACCGCGUGGCCUUUCCUCUCUGGGGAGAUUAACGAUCUCAGCCGAGAUCUAGCGAGGUUCGCCGGUUUCCCCGGAGAUCGUCUGUUCAUAUCAGAGAAGCGUCGUGUUGCAUGCAUCACUUUAGGUUCGAAUGAUCCAUUCAUCCCCUGGAUAUCAGAACCCAGUUUCGCAGCUGCCACAUCUGAACAGGUUCAGCUUAAAAUGCCUCACAAAACCUCCAAGAAUCCUUCAGACGGCAAAACACGCUCCAAAAAGGAGAAAGCAGCUGGUCACCAUCAUGGCGCACAGGCUCCCAAAAAACAAGAGAGUGCGUCUCAGCACGUUUCAAACCAGAAGACCUGGAAACAGCAGGAAAACCACCCCGCAGCUAUUGAAAGCCGUGUUAUUGAGAACAGCGAAGACGGGCUUGAAGCCAAGGAGGCUAAACUUGUGAUGGAGACCGUUGUGGGAACUGGCAAGACGCAUGGCAAGAAGAAAAAGAAACACGGUCACAAAGCAACGGUCAAACAGGAAGCAGGAGCUGCAGUUGAUCUGGAGCAUGGAGCCAAGCCAAAAUCUGCGAAAGGAAAGGCUGAGAUGUUCGAGGCCAAACUCGGGGUUAAAGGCGGGAAAGCUCAGCGGGACGUGAGCCAGUCGGCUGUUGCUGAAACAAAGACCCAGCAGCCGGAGGACAGGUCGCCUCAGGCAGAUCUGCAUCUCUCUGAUCAGAAAGAGCUCACGAACGACGACGUUAUUAAAAAGCGACGCGUGUCGGGGGACAAGUUUGGAAAGAUUCUCAAUGCUUUGGAGUGCAAACUAUCAAACGCAGACGUUUCAUUAAAAGCAAAAGGAGAGGAGGCCCAGACCGAGAUCACAGCUGCUCAGAAGAAAGCGUACAGCGAGGUGGUCAAACAGAAGAUCCCUCCAAAGGAAGAUCCCAAGGUGUUGGAGCCCAUCCAGGCCGUGUCGGUGAGCGGAGACCCUCAGAGCCUGUGUCUUUGGUGUCAGUUUGCUGGAGUCCACUCGCACUACGCCGUGACCUGGAGCCGAGACGGCACACCGCUGGCUCACACUAACAGAAGUGCAGGAGAUGAGAGCAGAGUGUCAUUAAUCAUCACCAAUGCGUCCCACAAAGACCUGGGCAAAUACACGUGUCAGCUCAGUUGCUCCCAUGGUUCAGUCUACCUGGACUACGUGCUCACUUAUGAAGUUCUCAGUGAGAUUGUCAUACCUGCAUCUCCACUGAUCAUUUCAUCUAUGCCUGAAGAGCUGUGCAGUGAAGAGGAGGACGCCCACUGUUCAAGGCUCUUGUUCAAAGAGGAUUUUCUGUCGGAUCAGUACUUCGGAGAGAACCACCCCAUCAGCAUCCUAACGGAGAAGGUCCACUUUGGCGAGGGGAUGCAUCGGCGGGCUUUCCGCACUAAGCUGAAGGCGGGUCAGAUCCCCCUGCUAGUACCGGGACACUCCUGCGUGCUCAAGGUGCACAACGCUAUCAGCUAUGGGACCAAGAACGACGACCUCCUUCAGAAGAACUUCAAUUUGGCUGUAGAGGAGUGUCAGGUCCAGAACACGGCGAGGGAGUACAUCAAGGCUUACACGUCAGCGGCUCGGUCUGUCGAAGCCUUCGGAGACGUCCCAGAGAUCAUUCCCAUCUACCUGGUCCACCGUCCGUCCAACGACAUCCCCUACGCAACGCUAGAAGAGGAGCUUAUUGGAGACUUUGUCAAGUAUUCGGUGAAGGACGGCAAAGAGAUCAACGUGAUGAGACGGGACUCGGAGGCAGGGCAGAAAUGCUGCGCUUUCCAGCACUGGGUCUACCACAAUACGGAGGGCAAUCUGCUGGUUACUGACAUGCAAGGAGUGGGCAUGAAGCUUACUGAUGUGGGGAUAGCAACCUGUAAGAAAGGGUACAAGGGAUUCAAAGGAAACUGUGCCACCUCCUUCAUCGACCAGUUCAAAGCGUUGCACCAGUGCAACAAGUUCUGUGAGAUCCUGGGACUCAAAUCCCUCCAGCCCAAACCCAAAAAGUUCUCAGCCGCUCCAAAGCCCAAACCCCCUCCUUCUGCUGUCCCUAAGAAGAAGCCAUUUGGGCCAACAGUGAAGAACAAGUCGUAACAUCCGCAGGACAUUGGGCUGAAGGUCUCUUCGCCUUCUUUGGACCUCAUACGGCAAAGCUUGCGGGGGAGAAACCGGUUUGGCGUUGCGAGACGUCUGACCACAAAAGAGACGAUUUACCCUAAAAGAACAGAUUGUGAUACAGUCAGAGACUGUUUUUUUUUAUCAGAACUGUUGAGAAGAGCCAUUGUAUUUAUUUUUGUGACACUUUCUAUGUGUAUCCUAGUGUUUUGGACGCUCAACUCUUUGAAAACCUGUGAUAUAUUUAGAUGAUACUUAAUUAGUGAUAAACUGUCAUGUCUUAGACCGCUUGGCUGGCUUCGGAUUAUUUUCUUUACAAACGGUUUAUAUAUAUAUAUAUAUAUAUUUUUCAUUUUGUCCUCUAACUUUGAUUUAUGGAUUCAAAACCUUUUUAUUUUAGCAGACGGUAUGAGUGGGAGCUUUUUCUUUCUUUGACAUGUCCAGUGGCGAAGCUGAUUUGAUUGACUUCUUACUUUAGUGAAACUUGGACUAAAAACUAAGAAUCUUCUUCUGCGCACAUAUUAGGUUUCAUGAGCGUUAUGCGUUUGAUAAGGUUUAUGAAGUGUGUGUUUAUGAUUUGUGCUUAAAUUGGUUUAGUCCUUUCUACUUGUAAGAUCAGUUUGAAAUGGUCAGUCUGACUUUAGAAGAUGGGUAGGCUUGAGAUUGUCAGCGUAUGGGGUAAAAAAAAAAAAAAGCUCUGUACAAAAUGAUAUAAAAUCAGCAUUUAUCUGUUGAG